CCUUCUCCCAGUGGGGAAGAGGCGGGUGUUCCGAGGGCAUUUUAUGAUGAUGUUGUUCUUGAUCUCCCUCCUCCUCCUUACAGCAAAUGGACACGCAGGUAACCAACCACACCGACCGUCACUCCAUUCAUUCGUCAACACCCUUCUGCUUUGCAGGGCGGCCAUCGGCCGGUUUGGAGGCUAUCCGGGAGCUGAAGCAAGCUGCUCUCUCGGUGUGCGAGGGGAAAGGCAGCACGUUCAAUGCAAGUUUGGACGUGCAUUUGUCGUGUGAAAUUUGUGUGAAAUCCUCUGUUUGUCGCCUUCAGGGGGAUACAGUGUUGGCGCAGCGAAUGCUGCACGAGGGCGCCGAUCCCAAUGAGGGCAGGCCCGACAACAAGACGUCACUCAUGUGGGCGAUUGAUGGCACUCUGCCGUGGAAGAUGGUCAAGGUGCUGCUGCCCUACGUGACCGACCUGGAUGUGCGAGAUGAAAGAUGGAUGUCGGCUCUGCACUACGGGGCCAUCAAGGGAGACGACGGUGUGGUGAGGGCGCUUCUCAAUGCGACAGGAAACGUGAGGGGCGAUGCGCGGCUGCCGGACGUCAAUGGACGGGACAGCAACGGAGCCACGCCUCUGUUACUUGCUGUGAACCACGGUGACUUCCCUGACGUCGUCCAGACUCUCCUGGACCACGGUAGGAGGGGGAGGGGGAUACCACGGGCAACAAAGCCGUGUUGCGUUCUCUCGAGUGUGUUAGGUGCCGAUAUAGAGGCGCAAGGAUUCGUUUCUUUCUCGUCCAAUAUUGCUGUCAGUCCACUCAUCGAAGCUGCUUCGCAGGUGCGACACUUUCACAAUGCACGACCAACAUGGAAGGCAGCUGCUUCGACCUUUUGAUGCUUGCAGGGGCGCGUGGAGAGUGUGCAGCUGUUGUUGAAGAAUGGAGCGGACAUAAACCGAGGCGGCGGAGAGCAGAUCACGCCAUUGAUGGUAGGGAGCUCUUGCAGAUGCGCAUGGGGGCUCGCGUGCAAUCUGGACCAUAAGCCCCAGAUUGUGAAGAUGCUGCUUGACCAAGGAGCCGACAUUCACGCCCGUAACAACAUUGGAUGGCAGCCUCUUCACUACGCUGCGAGAAGGUAACAAAAAACGCCUCCUGAUACGUGGUCAUGCCUCUCUGCUGGCUGGCUCUCUUCGGCUGUGCAGGGGCUGCGAUGAGCACGUGGGCAUUCUCAUGGUUAAAGCAUCUGCCGACCCCCUGAUUCCCGCGAAGGAUGGCCAGGCGCCCGCUGAAGUGGCACAUAGCGGGGUAGGCUAAACAACUGUCACUUUCCCUUGCGCGUGCCACCGCCUGUCGAUUAAAAUGUGUGCAGGGUUAUCACGCUCUCGCGAAGCGCUUGAGGGACUAUGAAGACCGCAAGUGCAAGUAG